CAUGAGAAGCCGAAACAAAAUUUUAUGAAUACAUUAUCCCUAUAUGUACGAUCGCGGUAGUUACGCAGGCAUCAUCGAGAAGUCGUCGGCACGUUCAACACCUUCGUCUCUGACUAACUAGCAUGUCGCACUACAAGUGCACUGCCGGUGCCGACUUCGAGGUCGCAAAGGUAUUUUCUGACUUAAGCUCCAAAGAGAAGAUUGCCCUUCUUGCAGGGUCUGACUUUUGGCACACCACACCAUUGCCUAAGCAUGGGGUUCCAAAAAUCCGCAUGAGCGACGGAUCUAGUGGCAUCCGAGGUACCAGAUGGUUCGAGGGAGUCCAAGGAGCUGCAAUUCCUUGCGGCACGGCGUUGGCCGCUACAUGGGAUAGGGGUCUUUUGCGACAGGCUGGUAUACUCCUUGGUGAAGAGAGCCGGGCCAAAGGAGCGCAAUGUUGGCUUGGUCCUACCAUCAACAUCCAAAGGUCGCCUUUGGGAGGCCGUGGGUACGAGUCCUACUCGGAAGACCCCCACCUCACUGGUAUUCUGGCCAGCGAAAUCAUCCAAGGUUGCGAAUCGACAGGUGUGAUCUCUACGAUCAAGCAUCUGGUUUGUAAUGAUCAGGAAGACCAGAAGCGCGCUGUGAGUGCUCUUAUGACAGAACGAGCCUUGAGGGAAAUAUACCUUCGGCCUUUCCAGAUCGCAGCUCGGGACGCAAAGCCCGGUGCGUGCAUGACAUCGUACAACAAGGUGAAUGGCAUCCACGUCUCUGAAUCAAAGCAUAUCUUGCACGAUAUCGUCAGGAAGGAAUGGAAGUGGGACCCCUUAAUCAUGAGUGACUGGUGCGGAACAUUCUCUGUUGUUGAGGCCAUCAAUGCGGGUCUUGAUCUGGAGAUGCCAGGGGAGUCAGUGUUCCGUGGACAACUGUUGAACCUUGCCUCCACAGCGAACCUAUUGAAAACCUCGACUAUGGAUGAGAGAGCACUGAGAGUCCUUCGGUUCAUCAAGGAUGCUGCGCAAGUCACCGUCUCGCCCGAGGAGUCCCAGCGGAAUUUGCCCGAGGACAGGGCACUGAACCUUGAUCUUGCACAGAGCAGCAUCGUUUUGCUGAAAAAUCAUGGCGACAUUCUGCCCAUUCCCAAGACGGUGAAGAAGAUUGCUCUUAUUGGGUCUCAUAUGAAGGAUUGCACAAUGAACUCCAUUGGUGCUACAGCCCUGGAGCCAUAUUACACAGUACAUCCUUUUGAAGGGAUACUUGGCAAGCUAGGGCUGGAUGUGGACGUGAAAUAUGAAGUUGGAGCACAUACACACAAAAUGCUGCCGCAACUUACAUCGAGGACGAUGGAUAACAUUCACCUUUACUUCUACAACGAGCCCGUCCAUGUUACUUCACGAGAGUGUGUGGGAGAUCUCGCCUUGAGCAAGACCUUUUUCUCUCUUCUCGACUACGUCAACCCGGAUCUGAACCCUUCGCUUUUCUACUGUACCAUGGAGGGAGAUUUCACUCCUGACGAAUCCGGGAUAUGGGACUUUGGACUCGCCGUAUACGGAACUGCGAGUCUAUACAUCAAUGAUGAGCCCAUCAUCGACAACAGCACUGUUCAGCGGCCAGGUGGGUCGUUCUUCGAUCAGGGCACUGCAGAAGAGUUGGGCACUUUCACUGUGGAAGCUGGGAAGACUUACAAGAUCCGCGUUGAGUUCGGCAGUGCUGCCACCUCGACGCUAACCCCGGUGCUUGGGUCUGUGGAUUUCGACGGAGGAGGCGCCCGCUUGGGCGCGUGCCCACAAGCUUCUCCCGAGGAACUCAUUCAAAGAGCCGUUGAAGUGGCUCGCUGCGCCGAGUAUGCCGUCAUUUGCACGGGCCUGAAUGGUGAGUGGGAAACGGAAGGCCAUGAUCGGUCAAGUAUGGAUCUGCCGAACCAUGUCGAUGAGAUGAUUGCACGUGUCGCCGAGGUAUGCAAAAACACGGUAGUCGUCAAUCGAACUGGCAUGCCCGUUUCAAUGCCAUGGGAGCCUAAAGUUCCGGCAAUCUUACAGGCUUGGUACGCAGGUAACGAGACUGGGAGCUCAAUUGCCAAUGUUCUUUUUGGUGAUUUCAAUCCUUGCGGAAAGAUGCCCAUCUCCUGGCCCAAGCGUUUACGCGAUAACCCGACCUAUCUCAACUGGGGAACUACAAACGGGCGUGUCUUGUUUGGUGAGGACGUGUUUGUUGGUUACCGCUGGUUCGACAAAAUGGAGAUCGAGCCUCUGUGGAAGUUCGGCCACGGACUGUCCUACACCAAGUUUUCCCUUUCGUCGCCCAGCCUCGGACCCAUAUCAUGGAAAGAUGGACGCAUCAAAGCUACGGUUUCCCUCAAAGUCAAGAACAUUGGCCCCUCAGCAGGGGCCGAGAUUAUACAGCUUUAUGUCUCACCGAGGGAACCUACGUUGAUUCGGCCUGUGCAGGAACUACAUGGUUUCGAGAAGGUAUUGCUCCAGCCGAAUGAGGAAAAGCAGGUUGCCGUUGUGGUUGACCCGUACGCCAUGUCAUACUGGGACGAAUGCGAAGAAAAGUGGCGCGUCGACAAGGGUAAAUAUGCUAUCACAGUUACAACAGGAGCACCUAAGGUCGAUGUACUGGUCGGUGAUAUCGAGGUUGAGAAGACAUUGUGGUGGCUUGGAGUAUAA